UCUCCAGACUAAAGCAGUCAAACCCAGCACGCACGUCUGCAACUUCGAGAGACGAGUACCAAGUAGAGGGAGUCGAAAGUUCCCAGAGAAAUCAGAGUCUCUGCUAUAAAACUGCUGAUCGUUUCUCGGAGGUGGCUCAGUGGUCUCAGGGCUGGGCUGGAUGGCAUCUCACAAACCGAGGUUUGGGGUGAAAACAGAGGCUCCUGAGGAGGAGGAAGAGGAGGAGGAGCACGAGACGCCCAGUAAUUACGAGCUGGAGAAACUGCUCACACAUGGCAGUGUAGCGUACACACGCGUCAACGAGGUGUGGCCCAACGUCUUCAUAGGAGACGAGGAGACGGCACGGAACCGCUAUAAACUGGAGAGGAUGGGUGUGACCCACGUCCUGAACGCAGCAGAGGGUCAGAGGAACAGCGUGUGUACAGGAGCGAGCUACUACACAGAUCUGAGUGUGGAAUAUUUCGGGAUCGAGGCCGAGGACAUUCCCUCCUUCAACCUCAGCCAGCACUUCUUCCCUGUAGCAGAGUACAUGCAGCAGGUCCUCAGUAACCCACACAACAAGCUGCUGGUGCACUGCGUGAUGGGUCGGAGUCGCUCAGCUACACUGGUCCUGGCCUACCUGAUGAUCCAGGAGAAGAUGACGCUGGUGGAGGCCAUCAAUCAAGUGAAGCAGCGCAGACGGAUCCUCCCCAACUGGGGCUUCCUGAAGCAGCUGAGGGAGCUGGACGCCUUCCUGCAGGAGCAGAAGAGAGAGAACAGAGGAGGACAGCACCGAGACUGAGAUUACAGACUCCACUGAGACACCGUGAGCUCACAAAGCAGCCCAGCAGAGACUUAAAGCAACUGUUCAGAGAAAAAUCUCAUUGCAGUGGUCACUCUCAUGGCCAGAGACCACCCUUUCAUGUGUUAAAUUCCCAGUCAAAACUGCCAUUAAGUACAAUUAAUUCAUUUUCAGCGCCAGGAAA